GUUCUAGACGUUUCCAGCCAAGCUCAGUUAGCAUCAUGAGAAUUCAAGACAACCAGCCAGCUAUUUCACGGGCAGUGCUGUGAUAUUGAACCCUCGUUGCAAACGUUCGCAAAUUCAACAUUCCUGAGCCGAAAUAUACAAGUGCCUAGUACAUCGAAGCUCACCAUCUCAAACACCAACCAGCCAGGCCAAGUCAGAGCCAGCCACCAGUCUUCAUCUGCAAAGACUAGCAUCCUCGGAAGGGCAGGCAGCGCUGACCCGCUCCUGCACCAACACCUUUUUGGCUCAAUUUCUCAAUGCCCAUCCGCAUCCCACCAACCCGACCUCAGGCUUGGUGCAGACCGUCAACAAUCAUCCUCAGCCGAGCGCCCCUGGUCCGACCCCCACGGACACGGACACAACAACCAUCACCGCUUCCAGCCGUCUACCUGCGGAAGAUGAGCAGCAGCACCGUCAGCCCAGGUACCACGACAGCCCCGGGCAGCAGCAGCGGCCCCGCACCGGCCGCGAGCACGUCACCGCGCCCCGGUAGCUCACCAUCACACAUGUCAGCCGCCGCAGGUGCAGGUGCAGGGGGUGCAACACCCGCCGCCGCGACAGCGUCAACAGCACCAACAGCAGCUGCCCACAACCAGCCGCCGCCCACCGUUGAGAUCGAGAACGAAGAUCAGGGCAACAACAACACCUCAAAGAAUGGGAGCGAUGGCGCAAUCCCGACUUCAUCAUCAUCAUCACCAUCAACUUCUGAAUCUUCUUCCGCCGUCCUUCCUGCACUACCCGCCCCAGAAGACGCUACUAGUAACGGAGCAGAAGGAAAAAACGGCCUCCGCACGGUGGUGGUCAACGGGCAGGCGGUGGCGCUGGACAACCUGGGGCCGAUGGUGGUCGGGCGGGACGGGACGGUAUCGCGGAUCGCCAACUGGGCCGAGAUGAGCGAGAUCGAGCGGCAGAACACGCUGCGGAUCCUGGGCAAGCGCAACCAGCUGCGGCUGGCCAACCUGCGCGCGGGCUUGCCUGCUGAUCAGAAGCCUGCUGCUGCUGCUGCUGCUGCUGCUGCUGCUGACUCGUGAGUCCUGACUCCUGAGGGGGGCAUCUUAGUUGUUUAUGUAUUGUAUAUGCAUGUAGAUUUAGAAACCUGGAAGGGAAGGGGGGGUUGAUGUUAAAGACGGUAAGAUAGCUAAGGUAGAUAAGAGUUGGGUCGGGUGGAUUUUUAAGAUGUAGAGGAGAUGCGGUGGCUUUUUUGUUAGAUCCACUGGCCAAGCAAAACCAGCCUGCGGUCUGCUGUAUUUGCAUUGUGUUUGUAUGUACGAGACGACAAGAAUAUCAGACAUGUUUAAGGCAAGAACGUAAUACA